AGGUGAAGUCUUGUCGAUUCACCACAGAUGAACACCUUCCACCCAUACAAUUAAUUGGCUUCGUCAGUUCAGGAAGGAACGACCCUAUUCGUGUCGCUAAGACGGCGCGUCUCAUCUAGCGCGGCGCGUGCACUUUUUGUAGAAUAAGUGGGAGUGGUUGAGGGCAUCAUCGCAUCUUCCAUCCUCCAUGUACGGAGUACUUGACUUCCUGUACCAACACCACACAACUACUUCUACGACUAAUCUUGAUUCUUCUUCUUGUACACUCUUUUGAUCUCUUCCGCAUCACCGGCGAGCCUGGUGUUCUCCAUUCAUCCAGUUCCCGCAUGCAAGCGGCUCCGCUCCGCGUACUGUCCGUGAUAAAGUACUUGUACUCUGCCGCUCCUCAGCCUUAAUUAUGGCUUCCUCCUCAACACCAUUUUACGCCUCCCAGGGAGCGGAGAUCGAUGACCUCAAUGCCGAAAUCGAAUUCCAGAUCGUGAUAUUAAGCUCCCUAGACGACUCUUCGAGAGAUCGAGCCGACAUAGAGCGCGAUGCUCAUAAGGAGAUAGCAGAUCUUCAGAACCGAGUCAAGAGAUUGGGUGGAAAGCCAUUUACCGUCCCGCCAGAAUUAGCAACUGCAAAAUCAUCACGAUCAUCACAGCAACGACCUGCGAGUAAUCCUUCCUCGAGCAAUUCACCCUCGCAGACAGGCAGUAUGGCGGCACCUACAAUGAACGGCUACCAACGUAAGUUUCCAGCUGCCUCGGCCAAUCCAGAUCUCUCCAAAUCAAAGCAAUGCCUAAUGUUUGUAUAGCACCAGACGAAUGGUCUAGCCCCUCUGCCUCGACCCCCGAUAGCGAAGAGUUCCCCGAUUUGGUACCCCCUCGGCCCAACAAUACAAAUCGAAAGCGAACGCAUAGCAAGCUACAAGAUAGCCUGGCCCCUCCUCACUCAGAGAACAAGAUGAAAUCUCGUCGAACAUCUCCCAUCCAGUUCGAUAGUCUCCCGGCAACGCCCGAUACAAGUUCUGGGUAUGGAUACCCCGAUGUACUUGGUGAUGGUGAUGGUUACUUUGACCUCGCUUUGUUCGUGAUAGUUUCACUUGCCCUCUGUUUCAUGGAAAACUAUUCUUGCUUAGUACUACUCAUUUAUACAAUUUACUUUGCUAAUAACUUUUUUUAGUGACGAUGCGUUUGACAGUACCACCAACAAUGGCUUCCUUGACUUCAAGGACCUUCUAAAGCAUCAAGGCGCACUAGAAAAAAAGCGCCUCCAGGAGAAGGAGGAUGAGGAGUUUGCUCGUAGACUACAAAAUGAGCCAGCUACCUUUACUGCUCGACCAUCUAACUCAGGACCCACGGCUUUUGACCGAAUGUCUGGCAUGCGACUAUAUUUCAAGAGCUCAUCCAGCUCGUCUCAGUCAACCUCUAAAAGUUCCUUGAAUUCAGUGAUUAAGAAUGAGUCCUCCUCUAGUGGCCCGUCCUCAUCUCGCACGACCAAUGGUGGAAGCAUAGAAAGUAUUUCUCUUCUGGAAGACGGAAGUGAUUCGGAAAUUGAGGUUAUACCACCCUCUGCAUUCCACGACAAUGGAAGACGACCGCUUGCUUCAAAUAGCCUGGCCCUGCCUACCCACACUAGACAGAUUACAAAGCCUGCGGCUCCUUUUGCUGGAGGCAUGAAAAGUGAAAAUCUCAUCAAGAAUGAAAGCUUGCGUGCUGCCUUGUAUCCCACCCAACAAAUGUCGGGUUCGUGGCCAUCCGCCUCAAUGCAUGCUCCUCUUCCCGCUGGUUCUAUGUUUGGAGACCUCUCCGCUGGACAGUACGUAUUACCCAACACACCUUUUGUUCCUGAUUCAAGUUUGAUUCCCGCUGCCACAUUUGUUCCUCCUGCAAGUUUUGUGCCUGGCCCUGCUUCUUACCAUGGAAACCCUACCAUCAAUGGCGGUUUUUUGGUUCCCCAGUUUCCCACUGACAUGGAUCUCGCAUAUUCUGGAAUCGAGCCGCAGUUUCCAGGCUUUUCAGACCUUGAACUAAAUUCUCUUUAUAAUAGUUCUAUGGCGAACCCCAUUGAUAUAGGAAGUUCUGGCAACCCUUUCAAGGACAACAAUCAAUUCGCCAGCGAACAACUUUAUAACGUCCCUGCGCAUCCUCUGCAUCCGCACAACCCCAAUAUGAUGUCGUUAUAUGACCAAGCAGAUUACAUUAGAAAUGACCCACGAAAGACCAAUGAAGAGAUCCAAUUACUCCUCGAGAACAUUCAACCCGAUAUGGAUGUAUCGGUCGAAGAUAGAGAAGGCACCCCUGCUGGUCUCAAGUAUCCUCUUGUAAGACAAUUGAACAUAUGUCCAGAUAACUCGCUGACUGCACAUAGUAUGAACACCAAAAGAUUGCUUUGAAUUGGUUGAAGAAGAUGGAGGCUGGCAGCAACAAAGGUGGUAUACUCGCAGAUGACAUGGGCUUGGGCAAAACAAUCAGCACCUUGGCCCUGAUACUUUCCCAGCCAUCCGAUGACCAUGCACGAAAGGUAAGAUCACGCAGCGAUAGAAAUUGAUGAAUCAACUGACUCGAAUCAGACAAAUCUGAUUGUCGGCCCUGUUGCCCUUGUUCGUCAGUGGGCAAAUGAGAUUAAGGUGAAGGUCAAUAGCUCUCACAAACUCAGCGUUCAUAUGGUUCAUGGGCAAGCGAAAAAGUUGGAUUGGAGCAACCUCCGGAAUUACGACAUCGUUCUCACGACAUAUGGCACGCUUGCUGCGGAAAUGAAACGCAGAGAUAAGUGGGAGAAGGACCAGAAGACCCGGUACGGUGCCAACUACGAUGAGGCUCCCAUGCAGAAACUCUUCCCGUUGCUCUCCAAGAGAAGCUCGUUCUACAGAGUAAUUCUUGACGAGGCUCAAUGGAUCAAAAACCACAAGACGCAAUCUGCGCGUGCGUGUAGCGAAUUGCAUUCGACAUAUCGAUGGUGUCUUACAGGGACACCUAUGAUGGCAAGUAACGAUCAAUGUUCCUUUCUUUAAAAGCCGCUAACCAUGAAGGAUAGAAUAACGCUGGGGAGCUAUAUUCCUUGAUCCAUUUUCUCAGAAUCAAGCCAUACAACGAUUUUGGCACAUUUCAAAAUGUUAGUGAUUUUCUCCAUUUUUUCAUGACCAUCCCUUUUCUUGCAUUACUCGGUUUGUUCGUGGGUUGUCAUCCAAGUACAGGGUGGCCCUCGCACCGUUUCACGGAAGUGAUCGGGUCAUUACUCGGUCUAUUCCCGUAGGAAACAUUUUGCCAGGCGCCCUCAGAUUAUUCUAGUCAACUGGGACAACUGAGGAUUUUAACGAUCAAUUACCCAUAACACUUGGCGUAAUGAAAAUGAUUGAUCGGAUUUUCUGGUAAAACAAGUCUACUUGAGCUUCGACUAACUGGAUUUCACACAGCAUUUCAGAUGUCUCAGUAAGGGAGAUUCCACCCAGACGCAGGCCAAGAACGCUUUGAGAAAAUUGCAGACAGUCAUCAAGGCAAUCCUUCUUCGACGUACGAAAAAGACGAUGAUAGACGGUAAGCCCAUCAUCACACUUCCGCCAAAAACCGAAGAAAUUCAGCAUGUCGUCUUCAAUGAUGACGAAUUGGAAUUUUAUAAGGCUCUGGAGACAAAAACACAAAUCUUGUUCAACAAAUACCUCAAAGCGGGUACUGUUGGCAAGAAUUACUCCAACGUUCUCGUCCUCUUGUUGCGUCUUCGUCAAGCGGCUUGUCACCCUCACCUUAUCAACGACUUCGAGGAGGCGCCCGCUGGGGGUGCGGGGAGUAUUGAUAAUGAUGCCAUGUUACAAUUGGCAAAGGAUCUUAAGCCGGAAGUAAUCAAGAGAAUUCUUGAUGUCGAAGGUGGUGCUUUUGAGUGCCCGGUUUGCUAUGAUGCCGUCUCAAACCCCAAGAUUUUCGUUCCUUGUGGCCACGAUACGUGCUCGGAAUGUUAUGCUAAGAUUGAAAAUCAAGCCGCUCAACAAAACGUUGCCAACGGAGACGAUGGUGGUGGAUCCAAGUGCGUUUCUUGUCGCGCAAAGAUCGAAAAUGUGAUCGAUUACGCAGCUUUCAAGAAGGCGCAUCUACCCGAACCUGACGGGGAGACUGAAGCUCAGGAUGUCGAGAGCGACUCCGACUCAGACUCUGAAGAGAGUGAUAACAGUGAUGGAGAUCUACGUGAUUUCAUUGUUCCUGACGAUAUCUCUGAAUCAGAAGCUGAGGCUGAAAAUGAGGAACCUUUGGACGACGAUGCCGACGAUGAAUUUCCCAAAGACCUGACGUUAGUAAAGACCAAACCCAAAAUCAAGGGCAAGGAAAAGGAAAAGAAGGUCAAGCGCCGCAAGAAGGACAGAAAGGGCAAAGGCAAGGAGAAGAGUACCAAGACUCACGUCUCGCUUGCCAUGCUCAAAAAGAUGGCUUCAGGUUCCGCCAAAGCACGAAAGAAGUAUAUGAAACAACUAACCAAAGACUAUAUCCCGUCCGCAAAGAUCUCCAAAUGCGUCCAUCUUCUUCAGCAAUUCCAAGAUGAUGGACAUAAGACUAUUGUCUUCAGUCAAUUCGUUUCACUACUUGACCUUGUUCAGGUACCUAUCGCGCAAAAUUCCUGGAAGGUGGAGCGUUAUGAUGGAGGCAUGUCCGCGGAAGCGCGGAAUGCAGCGAUUGAAAAGUUUACUAUGGAUCCAAAUACCAAGAUCAUGUUGAUUUCCUUGAAGGCUGGUAAUGCUGGUUUGAACUUGGUUGCUGCUUCGCGAGUCAUCAUUCUCGAUCCAUUCUGGAACCCGGUAAGUCUAGAAUCAUGCGCUGUGGUCAAAACAUAUCUGCUAAUUCUUUUCAGUAUACCGAAAUGCAAGCUGUUGAUCGUGCAUAUCGCAUAGGCCAACAAAACCCCGUCGAAGUUCAUCGCAUUUUGGUUGAAGCCACUGUUGAAGAUCGAAUCAUCGAAUUGCAGGAGAAGAAGCGACAUCUUGUAGAUUCGGCACUCGAUGAAGGCGCGAACAAGACCCUUGGUCGUCUCGAUGUUCGUCAACUCGCCUAUCUUUUCGGAGUUGGCGAGGGUCAUUAAGUCGGCCCACUCGAUUCUUUGGCAUCUACAUAUUGUAAGGUUUAUCAUGUUCCUCACACAUGUCUUCGAUUUGGAGGUUUUCUUUCUUUUCCUUUCUUGUUAUGAUGAGAGAUGACACAUUAUGAGAGAUUCUGGUUCUACAUCACUAAAAGUCUUAUACCUAGGGUCGCUAGACGAAGAAGGGGUAAAAAUUAGGCGGGCGGCUAUGUGCAUCUACGGGUUAGAUCAUCUUUGCAUUUGCCUCUAUUGUUGUUGUUGUUGUUUUUUGUUCAUUUGGUACGAGGAAUAGCUAUGGCUUCCUGUGGCGUUUUACCUAUGAGGAUGGUUGGAGUUUAUGAAGGGAGUAGGUGAAUGAAUGUAUGGAGGGAUGGGAGUAGAUUCUGUUUGACUCGCGCCUUUGAUAAGGGUUGCACAUGCACGUGGACAUGGAGCUGGUAUGUUGAUGCGUAUAGUGCAAUGCACUCUUAGUUAGCUUUUAAUGGAAUGAAUGAAUGGGUU